GUAGUUUAUGCUAAAUUUUUAUGUUUUCUUUCUUUAUAUAUAUAGUAGAGUGAUUAAUGUACUGUUUGUGCCCCUCUCUCUAUGUGUCUCCUACCAAAUCACUCUCCGAAGUUGAAUAAUUCUAGCUCAUCUCUGUGUUUCUUUGUUUCUCUAAAAGCUUGUCUAUAAAAUUUUGCUGUCUUCGGAGCACUAUUGGAGAUGCCUCAGAUUGAUUCAGACCCAUCUUCAACUUCAAGAUCUGCAACUAUACAGAAGCAAUACCAAGCUUUUAUUGUCCUCAUACCUGUUUCCAUCGCUUCUAUCAUUCUCCUCUUGUUCUACUUUUUCUAUCUUCGGCGUGGAAGAGGCCUUCCGGCAAGGAGAGCAUCUCUAGAGAACAAUAAUGACACAUCAAAGCUUGAAUUGGGGUUGAGGAAAGAUAUGACAGAAAUGCUUCCCGCUGUCGCAUGCAAGGAGAGCUUCUCUUCAAUAGAUCCACAAUGCUCAGUAUGCCUUGGGAACUACCAAGCAGAUGAUAGGGUUCAAGAAAUACCUGAAUGUGGUCAUAUCUUUCACGUCGACUGCAUUGGUCGCUGGCUCACCAGCCACACCACCUGCCCACUCUGCCGCCUUUCCCUUCUUGCUUCCACGGAAACUACUCCAGAAUUGAGGCUUGAGCCAAUUCAUGACGUUGACCAGCUAGAAACUAGUCAGCAAUAGAACAUCUCUUGAAGAGAGUUCAAGGGCUUGUGAAGAAAAUACCAAAGCUAUAAAAUUCUUAAUUCAAGCUCUGAAGCUAGCUAACUGAUCAUCCACUAUCUUGAAUUUUUUUUUUUUUUUUUUGUUCUUUUUAAUGAUUGGAUAAUGUUAUGUACACAAACUUAUCUCUUGCAUACUGGAUUGAUUUUUGAGAA